GUGUUCUUGGUGGUGACGUCUUCCAUAUGCGGGUGUGUUUGUGUCUCCGUGCGUUUCAGUAUCAGCAGUGAAUCAAACCGUCCUGAUGUGACAUUUCUGAAGAAACGUUAGACUAUCAUGUGAAGGUCCCGGUUGUCGAGGAGGAAGCUGGAAGUUCCGUCAGGAGGAAUCAUGCUGCUGGCCCGCGCGCUCAUUGCUGUAGCUCUGGUCAGCGUUGUUUCCGCUGUCAUCGUCGUUCCACCUCCAACAAACGUAACCGUGAUUUGUCAAAAUCUGAAAACCAUAGCCAGCUGGAAUUACAACAAGCAGCAACUGGAAACCAGUUUCACAGUAAACAUCAAGGGAUGUAAGAGGGAUUUCAUGGAUGAAACCACAGAUCAUCUGUAUGAUCUCGGCCCUUUUCUUAAGGAAUGCUACAUGGACUACCUUUAUGUCACUGUAACGGCCAUACAAGGAGAGAACAGGUCAGAAGCAGUACGGUCCAACUCCUUUUCCUUCAACUAUUUAAAGAUGGUGGAUACAACAUGUGAGUUAGAGUUCCCUCCUGUGACUGUGGCUGUCAAUGUGGAUGAGAAAAGGGCUUUGGUAAAGUUCCAGAAUCCAUUCUACUUUUACAAAGAACUGGAGCACAUAAACAUACAAGAUGAUGUCCUUCAACUCCGAUUCACUGUCAUUUCAUUUAGAGAUGUACAGUUUGAUGCAUUUUGCACAGUGAAGCAAACCAUCUGCAAACUUGACAUUGAAGCUUUCCCUGAAGGUGUGGAGAAGUGUGUCAAACUGAAAGGAGUGCUGUUUGUAGGGAAGGGUGUAAAACAAGUACAGUUCAGAGAGACUGACCAAAUCUGUUCCCACGAAUCUUCUGAAAAAAAUACGUUUUUGUUGGCUGUCAUACUGUUGGGUGCCUUUGCCCUCCUAGUCAUUGCAGCAGUAAUUGUCAUCUUUGAGGUGAAGGCCUGGACCAUGCGUACACCUGUUCUGCCGAAUAUUCUGGAUCCACGCCACUGGGAACAGGAUAACAAGGAUCCCGUCUCCGAUGCUUACCAGAGCCUUACAGCCAUGACGAGCAAACCGGAUCCUGAUUUAAACCCUCCAGCCCAACCUACUUUGAUAAGUGAUGACCAGCAGCCGGAAACUCUGGACUCCACCUCUGAGACAGAUGGCCUAAAAGGCAGCUUUGUCUUUACUGAGUCAUCUGCAGAGUGUGUUUUCACAGAUGAAGAUGAGGAUGAAGAGUCUGUAUCACCUUAUGAAUCUAGACAAUUCACAACAAUAGACAUGGGUGACGAUAUGGUUACUGGUUACUCAGGAAAAUAAAUGAACUUGUUAAAGAACUUUUUCAGGUAUUAAAUCAGAUGAAGUUGAUCCAACCCUGUCAUAUCUGAACACAAGAGCCAAAUGGCAGUAUACUCAGGGAACUGAAAGCUGUGCAGAUGCUGUGGAGGGACUUCGCUUUCCAUUUCUUCCAUUCGCCAUUAGACCUUCCUCCUUUUGCCAAUCAGAUCAGAAAUUCUCUCAAGAAUUCAAUAACUGAACUCUAAGCACAGAUUCACACUUUAACCUGUCAGGAUCUCACUAUAUUUAGAUUUUUAUGAGACUAUCCUAAUUGCAUGUUUUAAACCCUUGAACCCUUGAACACACUCAUUGUUCAGUCAGUGGUGAACAAAGCAGUGUGACUAGCUUCCCCGUCUUAAUAUGGCCCACAGCUUCACCUAUACAAGCGUUCUUUUGUUGUUAUUUGCCCUGGUUUGGUCUCUUCAUGGAAUUUUCUUUAAGGGGGAAUAAUGUACGAUACCAGUCAAGAGUUUGGACACACUUUCCGGUUAAAACUAGUGGAAAAUUUUGUCCAGACUUUUAUAAAAAUGAUUGAUUGUGUUUAUUGCAUACAAUGUUUUAUUUUAGUUUUCUCUUUAAGCUCUUAAGUUGGGAACAUUUUGGUAAAUCAGCUGGGGGGGAUGAAUGAACGUUGAAGGAUUUUUUUCUUCUGUUUCAGAGCAGUUCAAUCCUGUCCUCUCAUACUUGUGAGCAGAUUUACAGCCAGGAAAUAUUUGGUCUCUAAAAUGUCAACACCUAAAACAAUAACACAUACCUGUAGCCGUCAUUGCAGUGGGUGUGUUCUUCAAAGAUUAGAUUUGUUGUUUAGAUUUUUUUUUUUUUUUUUACUUUGAAGGAACUUUUUUGUAUUAAAUGUUCACAGUUAUGAUAGCCUAAUGUCAAAUAUGUCUUUUUAAUAUUAUUUCAUAAAUCAUUCAAUAAAAGGCAUUUAUUUGUGGGUAAUUCCUGGUGGCAGAUAUGGGUUACAUAAUGUGUCAGCUAGGUGGAGUCAGCUGAAAACAUCAACAUUUGCAUUUUUACAGCCUGCUCUGUACUCUAUGUUGUAAAUACAAGUUGAGAGUUCAUGCCCA